AUGGAGCGUGAAUACCAUCGCCCAGACUUUGAGGGAGGGCUGCGACCUCGACCGAAGCGAGCCGUGACCGACUAUGGCUCAACGACUGUGCAAUGGUUGCGCAAUCGGCGCCCGCGAUACAAGAAUGCUCCCAUGGCCGAGAUGGAACGGCCAAGUGCAAGUUAUAUUGUCGACAUGCAGCCUCCAGCAGCACGCGUCGCCAGCGCAGCCGAGUCGAUACCAGCCAAAGCCGUGCAUUCUUCCCUGAACAAGGUCAAACACCCCAUAAAUGUGGUCAAAUGGACCCCAGAAGGUCGGCGACUGCUCACCGGCUCAACCAGCGGCGAGUUCACUCUGUGGAACGGAAUGGGCUUCAACUUCGAAACUAUCAUGCAGGCUCACGAGGCUGCAAUUCGAGCUGUCGAAUACACAUCCACCGACGACUGGCUCUUAUCAGCAGAUCAGACAGGCGUCGUCAAGUACUGGCAGACAAACUUCAACAACGUCAAAGAGAUACAGGCGCACACGGAAGCGGUACGAGGGCUCUCCAUCGCACCCACAGACACCAAGUUCGUGACAUGCGCCGAUGACACCACAUUGAAGAUCUGGGAUUUUGCGUCGAGCACAGAAGAGUCGACGUUGACGGGACAUGGAUGGGAAGUCAAGUCGGUUGACUGGCAUCCGCACAAGGGACUGCUAGUAUCAGGGUCAAAGGAUCACCAAGUCAAGUUCUGGGAUCCGCGGACAGGGCGCUGUCUUACGACGCUUCAUGGACAUAAAAACCCAAUAUCAAAAACCAUGUUCGAGCCCGUCCAAGGAAACAUGCUAGCAACAUGCGCCCGUGAUCACACAGCCCGCAUCUUUGAUCUUCGAAUGAUGCGCGAUGUCUUGCUGCUGAAGGGACACGAGAAGGACAUUAUUACAAUGGCCUGGCACCCGAUGCACAAGAACCUGCUGUCCACCGGUGGUGUCGAUGGCAGCAUACACCACUAUCUCCUCGACGAGCAAAACCCUCCUGCUGGUGUCGCACCGUCGAUAUCGCCUUACGACGCUGCCGAUUCACAAAACGCGCCCUCGCAAACUAUAUACCCCGCACAUAGCCUGCAAUACGCCCACGACUUCACAGUCUGGACAAUGGAUUGGCAUCCACUGGGCCACAUCCUUGCAUCCGGUUCCAACGACAGGGUCACGCGUUUCUGGACACGUCCACGGCCAGGCGACACAAACUACAUCAACGACCGCUACCAUAUUGGCCAAGCUGCGGCAGAGGCACAAGGUACGUUUGACCGUGGCCAGGGCAGGCGGCAGAAGAUGGAAGAAGAAGAGCAGGAAGCCGAGGACGAAGCCGAAGGCUUGGUCGACCAGAAGAUGCCGUCAAAGAACCCCGCUGGUGGUUUCCUGCCUCCUGGUCUCUCAUUACCAGGACUCAAUGCAGCGCCAGACGGUACAUCCAGUUCUCUACCCGGUAUUGGCGGGGCAAAUCAUCCUCCAGUACCCCCUCCACCAGGUAACAUGCCAUUCCCACCGCCAAACGGAGGGGGCCCGCCUAUGCCUCCUCUCAAUGGUAUGGACCCCUCUCGCCUUGCACAACUUAUCGCGUCGGGCUCCUUACCGCCACCUCCCAUACCUCACGGUCACGGUCCUCCACCGCCAAACGCUAACGGUCCUCCUCCACCCUUUCCACCAAACUUUCCCGGCUUCCCACAAGGCAUGCCACCUGGUAUGCCACCUUUUCCCCCAGGCAUGCCACCUCCAGGCUUCCCAGGCUUCCCUCCUCCGCCUGGUGGUAUGGCCGCUCCGCCACCAGGAUGGCCAGGCCCUCCUCCACCACCACAACAGCAACAAGGAGGACCGAUGAGUGUAGGCGCAGAUGGUAUUAGGAGAAGAGCGCCGUUGCCGGAUCAGCAAGAUGCUUUGAAAGCAGAGAUGAAUCAGGGCCGAUACAGGAAAGCGAGGUAG